UUCGGUCAACAAAUCAUGAGACCUUCUGAGGGCGGAAGUAAGGGAUGCAGCCGACGGAAGCGGACUCUGGUAUGGGCGGAAGUGCUGUGGGGGUGGGGGCUGUGGCUGUUGCUUCCUUCCCCUCCUUUUCGGUGGCUCGGAGGGGGCCUGGCUCCAGUGCAGGGAAAAAUGGGUACUGCAACCCAGAAGUAUUUCCUAGAAGGCCAGGCUUAUUUGGUUCCCCUCAUCCAGCCAGACCUCCGCCGAGAAGAAGCCAUUCACCAGAUAGCAGAUGCACUUCAGUACCUGCAGAAAGUCUCAAAUGAUAUCUUCAACAGGAUCUCCCAACAAGUGGAGACCAGCCGAAUGCAGCUGCACGCAAUAGAUGAGAGAGUCUCUCUUGCUCAAGCCAAAAUUGAGAAGAUAAAAGGCAGCAAGAAGGCUAUUAAGGUGUUCUCCAGUUCGAAAUAUCCUGCUGCAGAGCGGCUGCAAGAGUACUCCUCCAUUUUUGCUGGUGCAGGAGAUCCCAAUCCACAGAAACGACAGAGGCGCAAGAUUCAGAGCAAACACAGAGCAUUAGAUGAGAAGUCACUGCAGGAGAAGCAGAAGUACUUCCCAGUCUGCGUUGCCACAAAAGUUCAUCAGGAAGAUGAUGCCGAAGAAGGCCUUGGGAGCCUCCCCAGGAAUAUUAGCUCUCUCAGCUCCUUGCUGCUCUUCAACACCACUGAGAACCUCUAUAAAAAAUAUGUGUUCCUGGAUCCCCUGGCAGGAGCAGUAACAAAAACCCACGUGGCUUUGGCAACAGAGACAGAGAAGCUCUUUGAUGCCCCCCACUCUAUCGCCAAGAGGGGGCAACUGGAUCAGCAGGUGGUUGAAAACUACUUCUAUGUACCAGAUCUAGGGCGGGUGCCAGAUCUAGACGUGCCGUCCUAUCUGCCCGACCUGCCUGGCAUCGCGGCUGACCUCACGUACAGUGCUGACCUUGGGCCUGGCAUUGCACCGUCUGCUCCUGGCACCAUCCCAGAGCUGCCCACCUUCCACACAGAGCCUGCUGAGCCUUUCCGACAUGACCUUCAGGACAACGCGCCGCCGCCCCCUCCCCCACCGCCUCCCCCGCCACCACCUCUGGAAAUGCCAACUCAUCCGCUGCCCCCACCCCCACCUCCUCCGCCAGCCCCACUCCCACCUCAGCAUGACGUGAGAAACGGGGCGUUGCCAUCAGCUGCUCUCCAGGGGGCACCAAAGGAAGUUGUGGACCCCUCAAGCGGCCGGGCCACUUUGCUAGAAUCUAUCCGCCAGGCUGGUGGCAUUGGGAAGGCUAAACUCCGCAGUGUCAAAGAGCGGAAGCUGGAAAAGAAGAAGCAGAAAGAACAAGAACAAGUGAGAGCUACAGGGCAGGGUGGAGACCUGAUGUCAGAUCUCUUCAACAAACUGGUCCUCCGGCGCAAAGGCAUCUCGGGCAAAGGCCCUGCUGCAGCAGCAGGAGACAGCAAUGCUCCCAGCGGGCCAGGGGGCGCCUUUGGCCGCAUAUCAGACACUAUCCCGCCUCUGCCACCCCCCCAGCAGCCAGCUGGUGAAGAAGACGAGGAUGACUGGGAGUCCUAGAGGGCUGCCUGCCUCUGUCGUGUGGGUUUGCUUCUCGGCAGCAACUGGCGAUGACCACAGGCCUGAAGAAAGCACUUUGGAGGCCGCCUCUGGCAGGAGGACAUUCCCUUGACAGACCCUCUUGUUUCUUUUCCAGUCAGUCAGUUCUGACUGGUCUCUAGCUAUAGUCAGCGACUGCUUCUGCCCAGCCCUCUAAUGCAAAUUAUCUCUAAUCAUGGUUAUGUUCCCUACAGAGGGCUGUUGUAACUUGUGCUCAAAGAUCACAGCCAGUUUCUCUCCUUGAUCAGCCUGUGUCACGUGAAAAGCACCAGGAUAUGGAUGCUGGUGGAGAGACUUUGCCUUUCUGGAUACAACUGGGCCUUGGGCUUCUGUUUGUGCCAAGUUAGGCAGCUUCUAUAGGGUGGAUGCUGAGCUUUAAGGAUACGCAAUUGCUGGGAGAGGCUCUUGUUUCCUCUCCAAACUCAAUUCUCUCUUUCUUUCUUAUAGCUAACUUUGCAAGGAAAAGUGCUUGCCUGACAAAUGUAAAUGGAUGACUGGUUAAAAAAAACACCCUGUUAUGUGCAAAUUA